AUGUCGUCAGAACUUGCUUUACUAUGUAACUUGUUUCUUUUCAUUGGAGUAGUUAUGGAUAGAUCUUCGAUGUAUUCUGCACCAAUAUGUAGUGAACCUUUUAUAAAUGGGGUUCAAUUGUUCUUGAAUUUUGCAUUUGAGAGAUCAAAUGUUAAUGGAAAGAUAUUGUGCCCUUGUGCACGUUGCCUAAAUAUGUAUUAUCGUGGAAUAGGAGAUAUUUUGGAUCACCUCACCAGUUCGGGGUUUCAUUCAGAAUACUUGGUAUGGGUGUAUCAUGGGGAAGGCUCAACAUCUACAUCAUCUGGUAUAGUACAUAAUGUAGUUGAAGAUCUAUUUGACCAUGACAUGUAUGAAAUGUUGAAUGAUGUAUUUCAACCUAAAAUCGGUGGAACUGGAGUAGAGACUGAUGAGUUUUGA